ACACCUGCAACCUGCAGUUGCGCAUCUUUCACUGGCUCUCAUACCACUCGUUUUCCUCUGACAACAAUACGUCCCAGAGUUCACAAAUACCAACUGAAUGUAUGUGGGUGUUUGUUCAGAUCUCAUCAUAGGACAAUGUCUGAGGGUAAAACAGUCACUUUCAAGGAUGUGGAGCUGGAGCCCCCAGAACUAGGACCAGAGACCCAGUCCUCCUCUCAUCUGGACCCGACACAGACCUCACCUCAGCCCCAGAGUCAACCUGACCCCCAGAGCAUCCAGCCGCCCCAGAGUCAACCUGACCCCCAGAGCAACCAGCCGCCCCAGAGUCAACCUGACCCCCAGAGCAACCAGCUGCCCCAGAGCAACCAGCCGCACCAGAGCCCCCAGUCCAAGAGCCCCCAGUCCCAGAGCCCCCAGGUCCCGGAGAGUGGUCAUCCCGAGGUAGAGACAGAGGAGAGAGGGUCUGCUGCCCCUACACCUGAUACUGGAGCUGGAGCUAGGGAUGGAGCUGGACCCGGGGCCAAGGGGAACCGUUGGACUUCUGCACUAAAUCAGUUCAAACUCAAGAGGUUCUUUGUUUUGAGGCCUGGGACCCUGGACCAAGCCCUGGAAGACAUCAAGGCUCUGAUCAAUCAGGAGGACGGAGCUGUCCACGGUGUCUGGCUCAUGGCUGAGGUUGACCAUUGGAACAACGAGAAAGAGCGUGUCGUGCUGAUCACAGACACCUCCCUGCUGGUCUGUAAGUACGACUUCGUCAUGCUCAACAUUGAGCAGAUACAGAAAAUCCCUCUCAACUUCAUAGACCGCAUCUCCCAUGGCAACUUCAGCUUCCCUCAGCGGUCUCUCCUCACGAGAGAAGGAGAGGGUGUGCGUGUGUUCUGGGACCGGCUAAGGGAACCCUCAUUCUCGUCUCGGUGGAACCCGUUCGCUACAGACUACCCAUUCUGCACCUUUACCUAUCACCCUGUCAGAAACAUAGACCACAGCUUCACUGCUCUCUGUGAUAUCCAAAGUUUCCGUGAGCAGCUAACGGAAGCAGCCCAGAAGGCCCACCUAAAGACGCCUGUCCCUGGCAAGGCCAACGGGGUCCUGGUGCUGAACCAGCCCCUGCUCAUCGAGGCCUACGUGGGUCUCAUGUCCUAUAUCGGCAACCAGAACAAACUGGGGUACAGUCUGGCACGGGGAAACGUUGGGUUUUAAACUAGGAUUUGUCUUUGUGCUUUUCAAUGUACAUUACUACUUCAUUACUUAACCCUAUUUUACAGUUUGUUUUCUUGGCUUGUUCAACUACAGUCAGUCUGAAAUUGAAAGGUAUGUAGUUCUCUAUCAUUUGGAUUACCUAAAGGCUAAAGGAUAGUCUACUGUAAUUUCAUACACAAAUUACCGUGCCAAAUUCUUCCUGACAUCACAGUCAAUAAAGUUUUCGCAUUACCAUCCGUGACUGUACAGCUCUGAUUUACCAUCCUCUAACUCAAUCACUUAAUGUACAAACAGACACCAGGCUCCCGAGUGGCACAGCGGUCUAAGGCAUCUCAGUGCUAGAGGCGUAACCGGCCAUGAUUGGGAGUCCCACA